GGCGGCGUGUCGAACGAAAACCAGCGAGAGAGAGAGAAAGAAAAUGAAGCUGCAGUCGUCGUGCAGCGAAGAGUACACGGCAGUGUUGUAGGGUAUCCGUCGCUGUUAAAAAUCAACAGAGACAAAGACGGAAGGUGUGUGUGCUUGUGCGGUCGGUGCUUUUAGUGCUGCAGCAGCAUCAGGUGCGUAUAGUGGAUUGGAAGAAGAAUCAGCGAUGCGUGAAGUGCUCGGUCAAAAGUGCUGGUGAAUCCGCUCGUGCGGACGCGUGCCUGCGAGUUCCCGUAGUCGUCGCCGCCGUGUAGCAUCGGCAGGAGGCGUCGGCGAUACGAUAGACACACGACACACCGACGGCAAAUCGAGCUCGGAUUUCGACUCGCAAAGCAACAUGAGAUAAAGACGAAUACUUACGCUCCUUCACGAAGAUGACUUAGCUUUUGUCCCUUCUAUUCUUGCUCUGUAAAAAAAUACCCGCCAAGCAAUCAUGGUUAGCAACACGUCCAGCAGUACUCCUCGGAUACAGGUGUUUCGGCCCACCUAUGAGGAAUUCAAAGACUUCACCAAGUAUGUUGCGUACAUGGAGAGCCAAAAUGCCCACAAGGCAGGCAUCGCCAAAGUCAUUCCUCCACCCGAGUGGAUUGCACGCAAGAACGGAUACAACAUGGACAAUAUCAAUCUUACGAUACCAGCUCCGAUAUGCCAAGUGGUUACCGGCAAGCAAGGACUCUAUCAACAAAUCAAUAUUCAAAAAAAAUCUAUGACUGUCCAAGAGUAUGAAAAGUUGGCUAAUUCCGAAAGGUACAGGACACCCAAGCACUUUGAUUACGAAGAUUUGGAGAGAAAGUAUUGGAAGAACAUUACUUAUGUUGCCCCUAUCUACGGAGCUGACGUCUCUGGUUCAUUGACCGAUCCUGAUGUCAACGAGUGGAACAUCAACCACUUGGGUACCAUAUUGGACUACGUGAACAAGGAUUACGGGAUAUCCAUAGAAGGUGUUAAUACUGCUUACCUGUAUUUUGGAAUGUGGAAAACGACGUUUGCUUGGCACACAGAAGAUAUGGACUUGUACUCCAUUAAUUAUCUUCACUUUGGAGCGCCAAAGACAUGGUAUGCCAUACCUCCUGAGCACGGGAGACGUCUUGAACGCUUGGCUAGUGGUUUCUUUCCAUCCAGCUACCAGAGCUGCCAAGCCUUUCUUCGUCAUAAGAUGUCACUUAUAUCUCCUCAAGUACUUCGACAAUAUUCUAUUCCUCACGAUAAGAUUACCCAAGAGGCUGGUGAGAUUAUGAUUACAUUUCCGUAUGGUUACCAUGCAGGCUUUAAUCAUGGUUUCAACUGUGCUGAAUCUACAAAUUUUGCUACCCCACGGUGGGUCGAGUAUGGUAAGAGAGCCACUCAAUGCACUUGCAGCUCGGAUAUGGUUAAGAUAUCAAUGAAAACAUUUGUUCAACGAUUUCAACCUGAUAGGUAUGAAUUGUGGCUACGAGGUGCCGAUGUUGGACCGCACCCGGAGGAUCCACGGCAAACUGCUGCUCCGCCGCCAACUGCAAUGGACCUUUUUUGUUUACAAGAGUCACAGUCUGGUGAUAGUGACAUUGUGCCCAAAAAUAAAAGGCACACAAUUCAUCGUAAGAAAAACAUUGUGGACUCGACUGAGGGUAUCAAUACCGAUAUUCCACCAGAUGUAAAAAAGGUUUUGCAGGAAAUGGAAGAGGAACACCUGGAUGAUCAACCAGAUGAGCAACAGUUAGAAGUUUUAGAAGAUAUUUGGUUAAAAGCAGGCGAAAUGGAUCUGACAGAGGCGAAUGUCUAUGAUGAUGGAUACAAUAAGAAAAAAAAUCGAAAACGAAAGCGGAAAGUACAAAAAGAUUCGGACAAAAGGAAAUUAAAAACAAAAGCUGUCACAGCCAAGUCCAGUACUACUGCACCAGAACUAUCAAAAGAAGAAAAUUUAGAUUUAUCCAAGAAUGGAUUCUUGGAUAUUCCUUGCAUGCCAUCGCCAGCUUUAAAAAUGUCAAGCCCUCUCAAAACGAACGCCAAGAAGAGAAUAAAAACCAAGCCUCCGAUCCUAAAGAGGAAUAGUACAGUGAUGGAACGAAAGGAAGAGUUACUAGAAACGAAAAAUGAAAAUUUCAUCGAGGUGGCUCCUUCCUUGAGUUUUCCAGAUUUUAAAAGGUCUAGCAGCCCAAUUACAGAUCCAUUAGGUAACAUAGAUGAUCAAUUCACGAAAAAAGAAGAAACAAGAUCAGAACUUUUAUCCCCGGAAACCAGUGAAUACAAAGCGUCUGUGCCCAUUCAAAAAACUGAGAAGAAAAAGAAAAAAACCUCUAAAAGCAAAGACAUAAACCAGGCCAAAGUGAGAGUUUCGAAGAAAGCUAAACAGAAAAGUGAUUUGGUAAGCUUAGAUGUAUCAGAUAUGAACGCUCUCCGAGAAUUUGUCAGCGGUAAACACGCUAUUCAAAAAGCACCGCAAAUGAAGGAUCUAUCCCUUAACGUUGAUGAAACAAAUGUAUUAGCAACGGACAAUGACAUUCAUAAUGAAAUAUCUGGGGUAACACCAAUCGAAGCUAAAAUAGCAAUAAAUACUAGCAAUGAGGAUGAAAAACUUUCCGGUAGUUUAGCACAAAAAAAAGUUAUCAAUUUGAGUAAAUGUUCCAAUAGCAAGCUCACUACUUGCCGUCCAAAAAGUAGUAAAUGCAGAGGACUUAUAAACUUUAGAAAAAAUCUUUUAAAACCACCGGUUCUUCAUAUACCGAGUGAUCAAGAAGACGAAAAAAUGGAAGCUAAGCAUUGUACUGGUGAACCCAGUUCAAGUUUGAAUAAAACCUGGCCGAUUGGCUCAACGGAUAUUCCUACACUUUUCAAAACUGAAACUAAUGGUAUUCAAGAAUCGUCCGGUUUCGGACAGCAAAGUACAUUAUCAUACCCUUUCCAGUGCAGACAAUCACUGAUUAAUCAACGCAUUAAAUUUGGUGUCACUAACCAUUCCGAUCCAAAUUUGAAUUUGAAAACGGUCAAAGAUGAGCAAGUUCCAUCCAAAAAUUUUUGGCAGAUUGGCAAUCAAAUGUUGUAUUUUAAUAACAACAAGGACAAUAAGAAUGAUUUGUCGAAUUUUGCAAAUGCUACUACACUUACGUCUGCAAAAUUAUUGAUUAGCAAUGAUUCUACAAAUACAAGCUCACGCAAUGUACAUGAUAAAUCUCAAACUUGUACAAAGUCAAGCCACAAUUCGAGUAACUUACCACCGCCGCCGUUGAUAAAAAUACCUCCAUUAAUGUUGUUAAAUACGUCAGAUAGAUCUUUAUUAAACGUAAGUAAACAGUUGGAAAAUAAGGUAUCGUUAAGACUAAAUCAAGAAAGAUCUCAGGUUAACAUUAAUCCGGUACCAAAAAUGAUAAGUAUAAAUCCUCAGUGUGAUCAAACGUCUAGCAGUAUCUCUCAAGAAUUUAGUACUUCAAAUUUAUCGUCACAAGAAAUCACAAAAGAUGUAAAAGUAACCACUGCAACACAAGUGGAUAUUUUACCAUCAUUUAUUACGUCGAAUAAUGAGUUGUCCAUCACAAUAGUACCUAAAAGUUCAUCAAGCUGUAGUAAUUCGAGUUCAUCCAGGAAACAAUUAACUCCGAGAAAACUUAAAGUGGGUGAAAUCAGAGACAACGAAGCAACAACAAUUGACAAUGCAGAAGUAUCAAUUAUAAAACAAAAUAAAUGGUCACUGCAUUCGAGCAAAAAUACAAGUGUCAAAAAGAAAUUUAAAGAUUUACCAGAAAAUAUUGAGAGUGUGUUGAACUCUUUAGCAAUACCAAAGAUGGAAUCUGAAUCACAGGUUGAUUCAGCAAUACAAAUCAAACAAGAAAACGUUAAAACUGAGAAUUAUGAAGAAGUUGAAUCAAAGCCAUCAGAGUUUAAUUCUCUUACUAUAACAGAACAUAUGAAGACAAUGCUGUAUCCAAGUAUGCCAAACUUGGAUGUGUUGCAAACGUUCAAUCAUUAUUGGAGUGCACAUAUUCCACACUGUGCUAUAUGUUCUGCAUUCGCACUACGUAACCACAAAGGUAGUAAGCCAAUGUCCCCGGAGUGGCAACGAUGUACGCCAACAGUAUUACCCGAAAAUUCCCCGAUAUGGGUUUCAACAGAAGUAUUUGCAGCUAGAUCGUUAGAACAGCGAAUAGAACCGGGAAAUAAUAAACUUGUGCGAUGUAGAAAUUGUCAAGUUACUGUACACGUUUCUUGCUAUGGAGUCAAAGCAUUGCCUUCAGAUCAACAAAACUGGGCUUGCGAUAUAUGUCAGUCUGGCAAACCGACUGUUAUGUGUUGCUUGUGUCCAGUACGCGGGGGAGCUUUAAAAAGAACGAGCGACAGUCAAUGGGUGCAUGUACUUUGCGCACUCCUUUUAGGUGCAACGUUCAAAGAUCCUGUAAAUAAAGAACCCAUCAACGUGUUGGCCAUUGAACGGCCCUCUUUCGAUUUGGAGUGUUGUUAUUGCAAACAGAAAUCCGGAGUCGUCGUGAAUUGUCAUGAUCAACAGUGUGAUGCCCGCUUUCAUCCUACAUGCGGUCUCUUAACCGGCGCAAUGUUUGCAAUAGCGUCAUCUGAAAGUCACGGAAUAGAGAUAUUAUGCAAUAAACAUGAUAGCGGAGGGAAAAUUCCUAUAAGGCAAGGAGAAGUUGUCUAUGCCAAGCACAAGAAUACUCGGUACUAUCACGCUGAUGUACUAUCUGUAUCAGAUAAAAUUUGCUUCUUGGUAGUUUUUAAAGAUGAGAGUUUUUCAAACGAUUUACCUCCAGAAGACGUAGUUGAUUAUAAACCUGGGAAGAUACCUGCGAUUGGUAGUGAAAUACAAGUAAAUUGGAAGCAGGAAGGCGUUUAUCCUGCGACAUUUACUGGCGUGGAUCACGUUAUAACUUAUACGGUUUCGUUUGAAGAUGGCUCGACACAUCAUUUAAAACGUACUGACAUUUACAGUCUCGAAGAAGAACUACCGAAAAAAGUGCUUACGCGAUUGUCGACUGCUACUGAAAUGCGACAUCGAGGGCAUCUGUACGGAAUGGAAAAAGGAAAUGAAAUGCAGAGGAAAGUCAAACCACCGAAAAGGUUAUGAAUUUUUUCUUAAAUUUUUUUAAAAUUAUAUAAUCGAAUAGGAAGAUGAUGAUAUUGGGAAAGAGGCGAAAAUAGUAUAAACUAUUUCCCGAAAGAAACCUAUCGUAAUCUUGAAUGAAAGAGGCGAGUUCUCUUAACGAUCAUCGAACAACAUCAAUCAUUAGAGAAUAGUAAAUUGUUUUUCUGUUUAAAAUUUUUAAUUUGUUUUUAGUUAAACUAAAUACUUUAAAGUCGAGUUAAAGAUGUCGUGUCGAUAACGUCUGUAAAACAUAAUUAACUGUAUGCUAUUGUACAAAUAUAGAGUAUACCGAGUCAUAUUUUAAGUUAAGUUAAAAUCUUCAUCCGUAUAGUUUUGUAUGUACGUUUGUAUUUCCGAAAACUUGUAUAUUUAUGGGGAAGAUACGAGGGGAGGAUCGUGUCACAGUAAUAAUUUUUGGUUAACCGAAACAUAAUUUAUUUUAUAUCUUGACAUAGAAAGAUAAUCGUGUGUUUGUAUAGUUUAUGUUUUUUUACGCGCAGUGUGUAGUUCUAAGUUAUUCAGGCAAAUUGUCGAAAUAUUUAAGAAUUUUAUGACUUUGGAUUAAAUUUAAGUAUUAUGUAUGUCGAUUAGAUAUAUAUCCAUUAUACGCGAUAAUGCUACGCUUGAAGAGGUGCAUAGAUCUUCCCUUCGUAGUGAAAAAAAAAUUGCUCCACAACUGCGCAGUUCUGUAGAUAUUCACCAAUAUUGUGCGAACACAUGUGUUUGUAAUAAAAUGCUAAAACUAAUUUAGGGCUAUGAGUGGAAAAAGCCAACGAAGGCGUCGAUUAUUAUAUGCAUAUAGCACCAGCAACGUGUGAUUAUUAAAACAUUACCUGAUAUUUGAAAACAGCAAAA